AGGCUGUGCCUCUGCCUCUGCCUCGGGGGUUGCCUGAAGUCCCCAAACCUUUGCUAGGUGAGCCUGAGAGGAAACGCCACCGAAAGGAUCAGAAAACCUACGUUGUCAGCUUCGAAGAGACAAAUUGGCACUUCUCUGAUUGAAGAUGAAAAAAAGGUUAUAAGUCAGGCAAAACAACGUGAAAAACUGUUUAGGUGAGAGGACUCAAUGGCUGGUGGGAGGUGGUAAGCAUCACGAAGAAAGAUGGCCUCCAGCCUUGGUGCUGCUUAGCAACCGUGUGUGCCCCUACUGAGCCAGGCCUAGUGGGAUGUGCUAUUAAUCAACCAUGGACGGAGUCCGCAAGACAGCCCUGCAGCUCCAGCAGCUCCCACCUACAAGCAGUGCCGACCCCAUGAACAAGGGCUCUUUCUCUUACAAGGAAAACUUGAUUGGUGCCCUCUUGGCGAUUUUUGGGCACCUUGUCGUCAGCAUUGCACUUAACCUCCAGAAGUACUGCCACAUCCGCCUGGCAGGCUCCAAGGACCACCGAGUCUAUUUCAAGACCAAGACAUGGUGGCUGGGUCUGCUCCUGAUGCUGCUGGGCGAGCUUACCGUGUUUGCCUCCUAUGCCUUUGCUCCACUCUCGCUGAUCGUCCCCCUCAGUGCUGUUUCUGUGAUAGCUAGUGCCAUCAUAGGAAUCAUAUUCAUCAAGGAAAAAUGGAAACUUAAAGACUUUCUGAGACGCUACAUCACAUGCUUUGUUGGCUGUGGCUUGACUAUUGUAGGCACCUACUUGCUGGUGACAUUUGCACCCAACAAUCACGAGAAGAUGACAGGCGAGAACAUCACCAAGCACCUCGUGAGCUGGCCUUUUCUCUUGUACAUGCUUGUGGAGAUUGUCCUCUUCUGCUUGCUGCUAUACUUCUAUAAAGAGAAGAAGGUCAACAAUAUCAUUGUGAUUCUCCUCUUGGUGGCAUUACUUGGAUCCAUGACGGUGGUGACAGUGAAGGCCGUGGCUGGAAUGCUGGUCUUGUCCAUACAGGGGAACCUGCAGCUGGACUACCCCAUCUUCUAUGUGAUGUUUGUCUGCAUGGUGGCAACUGCCAUCUAUCAAGCCUCGUUUCUGAGUCAAGCUUCACAGAUGUACGACUCUUCGUUGGUUGCCAGUGUGGGCUAUGUUCUAUCCACAACUUUGGCUAUCACAGCAGGUGCUGUCUUUUACCUGGACUUUCUUGGGGAGGAUGUACUGCACAUCUGCAUGUUUGCACUGGGGUGCCUCAUCGCAUUCUUGGGUGUCUUCUUAAUCACUCGUAACAGGAAGAAGGCUGUUUCAUUUGAACCCUACAUUUCCAUGGAUGCUAUGCCAGGUAUGCAAAAUAUGCAUGACAAGGGGAUGACAGUCCAGCCUGACCUCAAAGCUUCUUUUUCCUAUGGGGCUCUGGAAAACAACGACAAUGUUUCUGAGAUCUACGCGCCUGCCACACUGCCCGUCAUGCAAGAACAACACAGCUCCCGAAGUGCUUCUGGGUUUCCCUACAGAGUCCUGGAACACACCAAGAAAGAGUGAGCCCAGUCUGAAGAAGACAUCCUUCCCCGCCAUUUAUAACUGCCUAAGCCUUGUGACAAGUGGUUAAACCCUGAACUCUAACCUUGCCUUUCAAAUCUUAAUUUUUUUUAAAAUCAAGUACUAUAUGGACAGAGAUCAUGCCAAGCCUUUGCCUUGGAAAUUUCAGAUAAUGAGGAAGGGGGUUAGAGGUAGAGGGCUGAGAGCAGUGUUUGGUAUGGAGUUGGAACUCUGCCUGAGCCAAAUUGGGAAAGCCUUACUUAUCAUUUUUGCAGAUGAUAACUGAGCUUCCCAACUAGUGACCAAAGGUUGCCACAUUCCUUAGCGCUAAAAGUUGGGUAGAGAUUCUGCUCUUACUUUCCAAAUCCAGUGAAAGACUGGAGGCCUCAAGAUAUAAUCUCCCCCCGCACCUACCCCAAGCAGGUCUGUCCUAUGCCCUCUCACUCAGUUUCGUAUCUGUGCUUGCUCUCUGUCACUUUUCUGUGGCAAGACAGGCCAAAGUUAGAGGGGGAGAAUCUAUUACUCCUCGGCAGGAAAAUGCACAUCUGCCUCUGAUUGUGCCCUUCAGAUAAAAAAAAAAAAAUGUGCCUGAUGUGUGUGCCUGGGCCCUUCUCCAAAACUAGAUGGAUUUUUGGUUUUGUGAACUACUUGUUCAAUUUUUAUCCCCAGAAAGAACUAAGAAAUUAUGAUCUGAGGGGGAAACAUGAAGGACAAAAGCAGAAGUGAUGAGACAUUGGCCCACCUGGAAGAAAAAUCACUUUUUACAAAAGGUGAUUUGUAUCACUUAUAAAAGGAUUGACAGAAAACCUGGCAGUUGUAUGUUUUCCUGCAUGUGAAUAUCCUCUGGAAGAUUGGGCUUGCUCAUUUCAGAGACUUACCUCUCCUUUAGCCUCUUCUUUCUAGAGAGACAGCUCAGCCUGAUUUAUUGGUUAAUGUCUUUGGAGUCCAUGGAGACCCUUUGUACCUCUGACCCAUACAUAAGCCUCUCAGAAAAGCAAGAAUUCCCAGAAAUAGGGCUGCUUUCUUUCUGGCUGUAUAUGUGCUUAUUUUCCUGUAGCCUCACUGUCUAUUUUUGAGAAUGGCAGGUAAAGUUUUCAAACUUGAAUCUGCAUAAGGAUCCCGUAAGGAGGUUAUUUAUAAAUGCAUACUCCUACAAACUCACUUCAUUUUCUCAGAGACUGGGGUGGGACUUGAGUCUAUUGGCAUAGGUGAUUCUGAAGGAGGCAAUCCAAGGAUCAUGCUCCUUGAAGCCUAACAACAAAAAGAUAUGCUUAGCUCAUCUUCUAGGGGCCAGUCCAUCCCUGCCACAACGAAAUUAUUAUUGUUUUCUCUCUGGGGUUCAUUUAACAGGUCAGUAACCCCCAUAGGAUCUGAGACAUUUUUCCAUCCUGUGAUUACUUAGAUCUAUGCUUAUUGCUUCCUUAAGCAGCCUUUAACUCACAGGCACGAUAACAGUGUUAAUAACCAGUGUUGAUAGAUCGUUAAUUUUUAUGGGUUAUACUUAAUAUUGAUUUAGUACCUUGACUUCCAAAACUGACAUAUGUUGGCUGUGAUAACCACUUCUGUAUUGUCUCAACCACUUCUGUAUUGUGUUUUAUAUGGCUAA